AAAUUUUUUUUUAUGUCAUACAAAAUUUUACGGUUUGGGAAAGUUCAAAAUUAUGGUUUGAUUUAUUUUUAUUCUAUAAUGGCUAUAAAAGACUACUUAUAUGAAGAAAGUGCUGAGGCCGCAAAGACACCUGAGCAAAAGGCAAAAUUUCAAAUGUAUCAAAGUAUUUGUCCCAAUGUUGUACCAACUAAUGAAGUUCCAAAUGUUUUACAUCUAAAUCAAUUGAACAUUGAUUAUGAUGAUAUGGAAUAUUCCGAAAAUGAUGAAAGUGAUGAAAGUAGCUCUGGGGCUGAAUAUGAUCCUUACUAUGAUGAUGAGUACAGUGAAGGAGGCUAUGCUCCUAAUGUUGACUAUGAUCCGACAGAGCAUGAUUCUGAUUAUGACUCUGAUGAUGAUGAAGAAAGCGACGAAGAGUCAGAUGAUGGAGUUGAUGUUUACCAUUUGCAGGAGUAUUUACUAGAAUUAUAUAAAAUUAAAAUAAUGCAAGCAAAAGUGAAGAUUCUCGAAGACUUUUUUAAGUUCAUCGAGGACCACAAUUUCCAAAUAAAUGAAGAAACAUAAAUUAAAUAUAUGAAAUUCAGUCCAUUUGGUUAAAAAAAAAGUACUUUAAAAGUUGUCGUACUUAUUUUUUUCAACUUAUUGUCAACUGAUUAUCAUGUUGCCGCAGAACAAAUCAUAUUUCUGUGAAGAUCAUUAGUCAUUGGUAUUCCUUUUAGAAUAAGAAGAAAAGAUUUUAAGACUAUUAAAGUACCACAUUUGCAAAAAUUGGCUUUCUCAACAGAAUGUCAGAAAAUCACAAUGCAGUACAUACAAAAGGCAGCAGAGGAUACUCGGCUUUUUGACAGGUGGUAUGAUCACCUGUACUGUUACGUUUUACUUUUAACCAUCCAAUGCCAGUUAUGCAAGUAAAUAAGCAGUAAGGAUGCAGCAGAAAACGAUGUUGAUUUUGAAUAUUUCUCACUAAAUUUAAUCAAAAAUCUAUGCCACAUACUACUUACUAUUCUGAUUUUAUUGGUCUUGAAGUCUUGGUGGUAUUCUUAAUACACAACAUUAUUGGUAUCACGAUAAUAUUAAUGUCAUGCAAAUCACCGUCACGAAUGUGUACUCAAAAUAUAGAAGAAGUAUAUACAAGUGUUAGUAAAUGACGCUUAGCUAUAUUUGAAGCUGUACGAAUAGUCGAAACUAAAUGUCUAUUUUGACUUAGGUAUCGCUAGCCGUAUGAUAACCUGAGUAGCAACAAUGAAUAGAAAUAGGAAGGAUUAAAAAGUUAAAUUAUCUCUCUUCGAAUCUGUUUCUGCAAGAAAUGAAUUUGAAGAGCUGAUGUCAUUAUAAUGGAUAACUUAUAGACAUUGUGAGGUUACUGCAGUCAUGUGAACUAUUGUGAAGUAUAUAUUAACUAACUAACAGUUAAUAUCUUUGAAGAUAAUAUCAAAAGGUCUCACAUCUAAACUGUUGGGAACCGUAUCUUAGAUCAUAUAUGUAUACACCUCUGCACCGCCUGUUUAAUUCUCUAAAAGAAAAUUCUCCAGUUACUGAAGAGAAAAGAGUUGUUCAAACAGAAAAAGUUAAUGAUAAUGCCGAAAAUGACUUACAACUUAAUUACCGUUCUGAAAAAGAUAGUAUCCAAUAUGCUGCAGACACUAAUUUUAUAACCAACAAAAAUUUGUGAACUCAGUGUUACUCAUACCAAUCCGUAUAUUGAGGUUGUGAUCUUAUUAUUAUAAUAUACAUUAGCUUCAUGACAAGAAAGACGAAGCCAAAUGACAGAGCAAGCGGAAUGUUAAGCUAAAAUACAUUUGGGACUGAAUGGUGAGUCAUAUUUAAGAACAGAAAGCAAUGUUGAAAAGUACGCAGAAUUAACUUUACUAUCUAUACUGUCUACCGUAUACGUAAACAAAGUACUGCUGUAUCUAGUUUUGAUCUUAUUAAACGUAUAAACAAGAUACCUACUGCAGUAAAAUUGCUGAUCACCACAAUUAUAUCAUUAUUCCAACGGAAUUGUCUUUAUGCAGAUUUUGAACGAAAUGAAACCGGCCUGUUUUGUUCUCCUAACACCAAUUUUUAGGUAACAAAAGCUAGAUAACAACAAUUGCUUUAUGUUUAUCCAAAAAGGAUCUCCUACAUCACUGAAUAAAAAAUUAAAGAAGAUGAUAAAAGGUCGGAUUCUGUCUGUAAUGAUAAUUUGUGAAUUUUAAUAGAUUCUAUCGCCUUCAUUAGUAAGCACUUGCAGAAAACCUUUUACAGCAAAUGUGGUCCAUCAAGCUAUAUACUGGACAAUAACUUCACAGAAGCGACCAUUCAAUCUGUACGAAAAAAUACUUAAGUAUUGUACAACUUUUUUGACCUAUCACAUCAAGUACUAAAUGGACUGUUAAUCAUAUAUAAAACUUUUGCGAAUUAUUAAAACUCACUUCAGAAUUGGAACUUACUUUAACAUUUGGAAUAAAGAGACUCGAAUAAAUCUGAAACUUGAAUCUAUUUUUAUGAAUGUUAUGGAUCUAUACUUAAGAUAACAAUUAUGGAUCUAUACUUAUACUUAACAAUUACAUUUAUUAUGUAAAAAUUAGACAGAAGUGGAGAUUACAUCAAACAAGUAUAACUGCAAAAUCCAAAAACCCGUUUCAGAAAAUUUGUCGAUUUGAAACCUACUCGACGAUGUAAAUUAUGUUAUUAGACUUAUAUGUUAAACUUAUGUUAGACUUAUGUUAAAUGUUAGACUUAUAAAUUUGCUCUUCCUUGUGUUUCAGCUAAACUUUAAACCAUCAAAUAAAUCAAAAGCAUAAUAA